AUGCCCCGGACAGCGUCCACAAUACCAAACGCUUGCAUUGAGCAAACUGCUGUCGUCAAGAAGUCCACAUUGAGCAAGGAGGACGAGGCAAAGGUAGAGCAAUUGUCGGAGCGGAUUACCGACAUUCUCGGCGAAGCUCCGUUCGACGAAAAUGAAGAGUCGCCAUGGCCUCAAGAAGAAUACGAGGUUGGAGUCAAGGGGAAGGACGGCCAAAACAUCGCUGUAGUCUACAUCGUGGGCGGCACAAAGAAGGAAAAGCGGAGAGGUCCGGUUGCGCCGGACGUAGUGACCGCCUACGAAGAACUAUUCAAGGAGAUCGAAGCCGAGAAGUCUUCCAAACAGCAACGUCAUACUGUGUAG